GCUGCAAAUAAAAAAGUAAACACGUCACAACGUCAGCUGUUUAUUUUUUCAAGACAAACAACUAAAUAAUAAAUAGUGUUUAAGUGUUUAAUAAAUUAAUUAUUAUUAAUAAACAAUUUAUUUAGUUAAUUUUUUUGAUAAUUAUUAUAUAAAUUAUAAAAAUGACAUACAUGAAUACAUGGGAAGAGUUUGAGCAAGGAGCAGAGAGGUUAUAUCUUCAAGAUCCACUAAAUGCUCGUUAUUCAAUGAAAUAUUGUCACAACAAAGGUUUACUGUGUCUAAAAUUAACUGACAAUAAAACGUGUUUACAAUACAAAACAGAAAUUUCUCAGGAUUUAAAAAAGAUGGAAAAAUUCAUUGGAAAUCUCAUGAGGCAUAUGGCAUCAAAGGACAAUUAAAUAAAUAAAAUUUCUUCUUUUUUCUAUUGGUGAUGUAUUUUUAUGAUAAACAAUAUACCUAAUUAAAAAUACAAAUAAAAACAAAAAA